AUGGGACUACCAGAGCAAUUGCAUCAGCUAAUUGCCGAUAUGUACAAUGGUUGCUCCACCCGCGUCCGUACAUCUGACGGACUAAAGGAGGAGAUUGAGAUCCAGGCGGGGGUCAAGCAGGGCUGUCCACUGUCGCCCAUCGUCUUUCACCUCGCGCUCGAGCCGGUACUUCGCGCCGCAACCUCGCUCAGAAAUGAGUGUGGUAUUCCGCUUAGCGGCGUCAGUGUGAGCGCACUGGCGUAUGCGGACGAUAUCGUGCUUCUGGCGCGGGAUUCAGAGGCGAUGCAGACGCUCCUCAAUGUUGUGGGUGAGGCGGCGACGUUGGCCGGGCUUACCUUCAAGCCGUCGAAGUGUGCCACGCUUCACAUCCGCCGUCGGCAGACACUAGGCUCGGUAUUCGCCCUGGAAGGGGGAGAACCAGCCGUGCUCUGUGCGGGUGACGCCUACCUCCAUCUUGGCGUUCCCACCGGGUACAAAGUCUCGCAGACGCCAACGGAUGCGAUGGCGGCAGUUCGACGUGACUUGCAGCACCUGGACGCUUCCCUGCUGGCUCCCUGGCAGAAGAUUGACGCUCGUGCGUCCACUGAACAGCUGUACCUCGCGCUGGGAGAGGGAGGAUGCGGCCUGACGCCGCUCGCGGACGCUGCGGACAUCUCGACGAUCGUCCACGGCUUCCGCAUGCUGCACUGCGACGACGCCACCGCCCGCGACAUCGCCUGGGCCACUCUAUCUACGGCCGCGCGCCGCCGACUGGGGAGGGAGCCGAGUCGACCCGACUUGGCCACCUACCUUAGCGGCAGCACUGAGGGUGACCUCGCACGUGACGGAGGCGGCAUCCAGUCACUGUGGACACGCGUGGAGGUCAACGGCCGACCCGCCAUCGCUGACGACGCGGAACACGGCGGCAUCGGAGGGGUGACGCAGCCGGCCACGGAGGGGGCGGCGCCUGGGACUACACGACACCUCGAAGAUGGCGGCGAUGGACCGCAGCACGAUGAUGACAGCGUGGGACGCACCGCCAACAUUGGCGUCGAGCAUGUCCGGGUGGGAGAGGGCGCCAAACGUCUCCUCUCGCGGACGCUCCGCGAGUGUCUGAGGCAGCGCCUGCGCAACAUCCUACUCAGGAAACCGGACCAGGGGAAGGUGUUCGAGUGCACCAGGGAGUCCACAGCGUCCAACCACUUCAUUGCGGGAGGCAAAUACACGCGCUUCGCAGACUGGCGCUUCAUACAUCGCACCAGGCUCGGAGUCGUGCCUCUCAACGGCUGCCGCCGUUUUGAUGGGCGGGCAAACAACAACAAAGCCUGCCGACGCUGUGGCCACAACAACGAGACGCUCCCACACGUGAUCAACGCGUGUAUGGUGCACUCAGCAGCCCUGCAGUAUCGCCACAACGCGGUCCUCAACCGCCUCGCGACAGCAGUCGCUGGGCGGCCAAGGAGAGGAAACACUGCUGUUCCUGACGUCAGGAUCAACCAAGCCGUCAUAGGGGACAGCAGUGGGCUGCGUCCGGACCUCGUAAUAACUGACGAGGCCGCGAAGACUGUGACCAUCGUCGAUGUGACGAUCCCCUUCGAGAAUAGGCGGAUUGCGCUCGACAACGCUCGGCAACUGAAGAAGAUAAAGUACGCCGACGUUGCGCGCGGAUUAGCCGCUCGCGGCUAUUCCGUCACUGUCGACGCCCUGGUUGUCGGCAGUCUGGGGGCGUGGGACCGCCAGAACGAUGCAGUGCUUCGGCACCUAGGCAUCGCUAGCCGCUACUGCCAACUGAUGCGGCGGCUGAUGGCUGCGAGACCCUCGAGACUGCAGUCGUCGGAGAACUUCGAGGUCGGUGCCUUCGUGACGUCGGUGUCGAGAUUCUCCUCCACGACGCGGGACCUGCGGCGCUACACCAUCUUCGCGCUGCACCGCAGCAGUGCCGAGUCAGUAGCGGUGGUGCGGUGCUGCCUGGUGGCCCUCCCUCCGUGGUGUCCGCCGAAUAUGGCCCCCACCCCGGUUGGCGCGGUGCUAGGCGGCGCCAAACGUGUGCCUACUGCCCGGCAGUUUCCAGCCAGCGUGGGAAGCAACGCCCUCCUGCCACGACACCCCAGUGACGUCUGCCGCAAGGCGGACAGAGGGGAGAAGUCCGGCUGA